UGUGUCAGAACGACUUUCCAGGUUUGAAGAUUAUGAAAAUGCUGAAUAUGUCGCUUCAUAUGACAACAAGAUUAAGAAAAUUGUUCAUUCAAUUGUAUCAUCCUUUGCAAUUGGAAUAUUUGGAGUUUUCCUGAUCUUAUUGGAUGUGGCUCUGAUCUUUGCUGACCUAAUUUUCACUGAUAGCAACGUUUAUAUUCCUUUGGAGUAUCGUUCUAUUUCUCUAGCUAUUGCCUUAUUUUUUCUCAUGGAUGUUCUUCUUCGAGUAUUUGUAGAAGGGAGACAGCAUUAUUUUUCUGAUUUACUGAACAUUUUAGAUACUGCCAUUACUGUGAUUAUCCUGCUGGUUGAUGUCAUUUACAUUUUUUUUGACGUUAAGUUUCUUAAGGAUGUUCCCAGAUGGACACGUUUAUUUCGACUUCUACGACUUAUCAUUCUGAUAAGAGUUUUUCAUCUGGCUCAUCUAAAAAGACAACUUGGAAAGCUGAUAAGAAGGCUGGUUUCAGGAAACAAAAGGCGAUACAAAAGGGAUGGAUUUGACCUAGACCUCACUUAUAUUACUGAACGUAUUAUCGCUAUGUCAUUUCCAUCUUCUGGAGGCCAGUCCUUCUAUCGGAAUCCAAUUAAGGUGAAAGAGCUUAUGAUCCUAAGCACUUCCAUAAUAGGGUCAGUAGAAUCAUGAUUGAUGAUCAUAAUGUCCCCACUCUAUGGGAGAUGGUAGCAUUCUCCAAGGAAGCAAAGGAGUGGCUGGCUCAAGAUCCUGAAAACAUCAUAGUGAUUCACUGUAAAGGAGGCAAAGGAAGAACUGGAACUAUGGUUUGUGCCUGCCUGAUUGCCACUGAAAUAUUUUUAACUGCAGAGGAAAGCUUGUACUAUUUUGGAGAACGGCGAACAGAUAAAACCAGUGGCACUAAAUAUCAGGGAGUAGAGACUCCUUCUCAGAAUAGGUAUGUUGGAUAUUUUGCACAAGUGAAACAUAGCUACAACUGGAAUCUCCCUCCAAGAAAGACACUGUUUAUAAAAAGAUUCAUUAUUUAUUCGAUUCAUGGUGUUGGAACAGGCGAUGGAUAUGAUCUAAAAGUCCAAAUAGUAAUGAAGAAAGAGAUCGUCUUUUCCUGUACUUCCUUCAACAAUUGUCGGGUAUUUCAUGACACUGAAACAGACAGGGUAAUAAUUGAUGUGUUCAACUGUCCACCUCUGUAUGAUGAUGUGAAAGUGCAAGUUUCCUCUUCGGAUUUUCCUAAAUACUAUCACAACUACCCUUUUUUCUUCUGGUUUAACACAUCUUUAAUACAAAAUAACAGGCUUUAUCUACAAAGAAAUGAAUUGGAUAAUCUUCAUAAACAAAAAACAUGGAAAAUGUAUCAACCACAAUAUGCAGUAGAGACGUAUUUUGAUGAGAAAUGACUUAGUUAUGUUGUAACUGGUAGCUGAUUAAGUAUAGUUCCCCCGCACCCCUUCUGGGAAAGAAUUAUGUUCUUUCCAACCCUGCCACAUAGUUAUAUGUUCUAAAUCUUCCUUGCUGGUACAUCUAUAUUGAUAUAUGUGUACACAUGUUCUUUAUAAAUCUAUUAAAUAUAUACAGA